AUGCCUGCUUCUCUAUUCCUCAACAAAGCCUUUGCGGUCUCUCAAGAACAUCUUGCUUUCGGGGAUACAAGCAACCUGGACGUGAUCCCAUACUACUAUCGCGCCUCUAAAUCACAUAAAAAAGAGGACAUAACAAUCGCUACGCUCGUGACCCGGAACAGGUUCGCAGUGUUUAAGCAGCUUGUGGAGAGGUAUCGCGGGCCGAUAUCGGUGACAGUGCACGUUUCUCGUGCGGAGCUGGCCGAAUCGAGUUCGGGCGGGAAGGGCGUAAACUUCCUCGAUGCGUUGCACGCGCUAUACUCUAGCUCACCACUGAUGUCUGCACUUGUGGACGUACAUCUCAUUCUGACGCCCUCGCGUAACGAUAGGCAAUUCAACGCCUGGCGGAACGCCGCGAGGCUCUUUGCACGUACAGACUACGUCAUGAUGCUCGACGUCGAUUUCGUUCCAUGCACCGACUUCCGCACAAGACUUCUUCACACACCCAAGACAAGUCCCAUCCACGAGUUAUUACGCAGAGACCGCGCGGCACUCGUGAUACCUGCGUUUGAGUAUGUCGAGCACAAGGACGGUACAGACGCACGUACGUUCCCAACAAGCAAAGUAGAACUUAUAAAGCUGUAUAACGAAAGUCGGAUUGGGAUGUUCCAUGCUACCUGGUCUCCGGGACAUAACAGCACAGACUAUGAGCGUUUUCUGUAUCAUUCUCAACCGGGUGAAGUGUACAAGGUUUCUCCGGCGCAUUACCAACACGCAUAUGAGCCAUACGUAAUUUUUCGACGUGAUGGGGGUGAGAGGACGAUACCGUGGUGCGAUGAGCGGUUUGUCGGGUACGGAGGGAACAAGGCGGCGUGUUUAUACGAGAUGUACCUCUCUGGCGUGGAUUUCUACGUCCUCUCCGAUGACUUCCUCGUACAUCAGUCGCAUGCGUACGACGAGCAGGCGAGGAAACUCGAGCGGAGGUAUAAUCGAAGGAUAUAUGCGGACUUUAGGGAGGAGGUGUGUUUAAAGUAUUUGAUGGCGUUUAGGGAUGAAGGAACGUUGGGCGAUCCGAUCGCGAGGAAUGCGAUUGAGGAGUGUAAGAAAGUCAAGGGCGUUGCGAGGGUUGUGUCGAUGGUAUUUCCUUUGUUGUCUAUCUCACGUUGA